AUGGGUUGGAUGGAGGGAAGUAGCAAAAUAUGUAGCAUACAGUUUGUAUUCAAUAUAGCUUGUAAAUUUAUAUCCAUCGUAGUUAUAAUCCUUGAUAAUUUGGCAAAUUUUAAGCCUGAUUCAGAUUAUAACUUUAGAGUACUUCACAUAAAAGCAAGCGGCAUUGUGCAAAACAGUAGAAAGCCAAGAAAAGCAGCUAAAUUUAAUGGUGCUGUUGAAACUGAAGAUGAAACUGGCAAAGACCCAGAUGGUGUUGAGGCCGAUUCAGGUCCAGGAGCUAUCAUAACGUCUGGAUUUGGAGGGCUUAGACUGGAAGGAAUUGUUGGGAGAGAUGACUCAGUUGGAGAAGGAGCCAUGCCUUUAGGAGUUGGAAACAAAGGAGUAAUGUCUGGUGAUAAAGCUGGAGCAGAAGCUACAGGAUUAGGAGCACUUGGCAAAAAUGCAGGAGCAGCUGAUAUUGUGGAGACUUGUUGUGCAUGUAUUUGAGUUGAGGAAAAAUAAGUGAUAAAGAGCAUAAAAGUUGCCAAGAAUGAUCUAAAGGAAGCCAUUAAAUGAUGAAGGUAUCAAUUCUCCUAUAAUCAACUUUAAUAAAU